AUGCACCUUUGGAAGGACAUCUUCUGCCUCUCACGAGUCCAGAAGCAACAACAGCAAGAGCGACAGCAGUCGCGUUCACCACAUGGUGCCACUUCUUCCGUCUGCCUACACAAGAGGACGUCUUCAUCCUGCGUCUUCACAGAGACACCACUGUUACAAGUACCACCGCGAGCGCAGAUGCACUCGCGUGCACGUCUACCCGACACCUGGCUGGAUGAUCGUCGGCGUCGAAAGCUCUGCUCCUGGGAAUUGGAGCGUCUUCAACGCCUUCUUGAGCACUCUGCCACUGCGAUGUUUGCUGAUUCCGCUUCUGCUUCUAACGUUGGUGGAGACGGUGGUGGUGGAAUCGACUCUUCCACCUCACCCACCACUACUACCACCACUGCAACCUCCCCUCCACCUCCCAAUGCGGACUUGGAGGAACGACUGUCUGCUCAAAUGGCCCAGCGGUUUAACAAAAUGGAGUUGAAUCUGCUGGAACUGGAGGAGAAGAUGACCACUACAUUUGUCUCUCUACUGAGCCACCUUCAAUGCCUCCAAACUCAUCCACGUGCCGAUGUGGACGCUUCAACAAUGACGGAAAUGGUGAAGAGUGGAGAUGAGGAAGAGAUUGAGGUGAACGUGAGGUUGAUCGACACAUCCAAUGGCGAUGACCUAUAG